UGCGACCAAACACAAAAGUGAAAUCGUCCAAAUCAUUAAAGGAAGAAUUUACACGGUAGCUAGGAACUGAGCAGCCAGCUGUUGUUUCUGUCCGGAGUAAUAACACGGUGACAACCCCGGUAGAAGAGGGAAAAACCAAGGAGGAUGGCAGGAGCAAAGUCAGCCCUGGUGCUCUGCAUGGAUGUGGGCUUCUCCAUGUCCAACUCAUCCCCUGGGGAAGAACCUCCCUUUGCUAUGGCUAAGAAAGUCAUCCAGAAGUUUGUCCAGCGCCAGGUUUUUGCAGAGACUAAGGAUGAACUGGCUUUGGUUCUGUUUGGCACCGAUUCUACCAAAAACUCUCUGAGCCAGGAUGGGCAGUACCAGAACAUCAAGGUGCAUCGGCAUCUUAUGGUGCCGGACUUUGAAUUGCUGGAGGAGAUUGAACAUCAGAUCCACCCUGAGAAUCAACAGGCUGACUGGCUGGAUGCUCUGGUUGUCUGCAUGGAUGUUCUUCAGAAUGAAACCCAAGGGAAGAAGUGCGACCGGCUCAACAUUGUCCUCCUGACUGAUCUGAACACAGAAGCCAGUUCAGACAAACUGGAUGUUAUUAUUAACAACCUGAAACAGUCUGGAAUCACCCUGCAGUUUUUUUUGCCUUUCCAAGUGGAGGAUGAGGAAGAUGGUAAAGGAGAUGAAGACGGACCGGGUUCUGGACACCCUGGGAGGGGCAAAGGUCUCUCCAAGGAACAGCGCAGCGGGCUGGAAAUGGUUAAACACAUCAUGCUGAGUCUGGAUGAGGAGGAGGGUCUGGAUGAAAUUUACACAUUCAGGAAUGCUGUGGAGCAGCUGUGUAUGUUUAAGCGCAUAGAGAGGAGACCCAUGGCCUGGCCCUGUCAGCUCACCAUCGGCAGCUCUCUGUCUAUCCGCAUAGUUGGCUACAAAGCAGUGACAGAAGAGAAACUGAAGAAAAUGUGGAUUACGGUCGAUGCUCAGACCAACGAGAAAGAUGAUGUGAAGCGAGAGACUGUUUACUGCCUGGAUGACGACAAUGAGACAGAGGUGCAGAAAGAAGACAUUAUUCAAGGUUUCCGUUACGGAAGUGACAUCGUACCUUUCUCCAAAGUGGACCAGGAUCAGAUGAAGUAUAAGCAUGAUGGGAAGUGCUUUGCUGUUCUUGGCUUCACCAGAAAGAACCUGGUUCUUCGGCAUCAGUUCAUGGGCACACAGAUUGUCAAGAUAUUUCCUGCACGGGAUGAUGAGCAUGCAGGUGUGGCCUUAUCAGCUCUGAUCCGUGGUCUGGAUGAGCUCAACAUGGUUGCCAUUGUUCGGUACGCUUAUGACCGGCGCAGCAAUCCUCAAGUGGGAGCUGCCUUCCCGUGUAUCAAGCCAGACUAUGAGUGCCUGGUGUACGUCCAGCUGCCCUUCAUGGAGGAUCUUUAUGGAAGACAGUUUACGUUUCCUUCUCUUGAGAACAACAAGAAGAUCGCUCCAUCAGAGACGCAGCUGGCAGCUGUAGACUCUCUCAUCGACUCCAUGAUGCUCGUAGCAGAAGAUGAGAACCAGGAAGUGAGGGAUCUGUUUAAGCCCCACCAUCUUCCCAACCCUGCCUUCCAGAGACACUUCCAGUGUCUGCACCACAGGGCUGUACACCCUGACUCUCCUCUUCCCCCCAUGGAGUCAUGGCUGGAGGCAGCUCUGGAUCGCCCUGAGGUCAUUAAGGCACGCUGCCAAGCUCCACUGGAGGAGAUAAAGAAGUUGUUUCCACUCACAGAAGUAGAGAAGAAAAAGAAGCUGAAAACAAGUGCUCAGAUUUUUGGCAAAGACUCUGAGGAGCCAGAUGCCAAGAAGGCCAAAGAAGACGAAGCAGAGGAGGAGUAUAACCUGGCAGACAUCGCUGAAGGAUCUGUUACUUCUGUGGGAAGCGUCGAUCCAGCGCGGGACUUCCGUGCUCUGAUCAAACAGAAAACUAUUCCGUUUGGAGAGGUCUGUCAGCAGCUGACUCACAGGAUAGAGCAGCUGCUUAGCAACAAGACCAUGCAGUACUACAUGAAAAGCAUCACCUGUAUCCAGGCUUUUAGAGAGCAGUCUGUUAAGCAGGGGAAUGCUGAUCUGUUCAACAGUUACCUCCAAUCCCUGAAAAGGAGUAUUCCCAGCAGAGCCCUCGAGGUCUUCUGGGACCUGCUUGUUCAAGAUGCUGUGACUUUGAUCAGCAAGGACGAGGUUGAAGGAAGCUCCGUGUCAAAAAACGAAGCCAAUCAGUUUCUCCUGGCUGAGGAAAAGAAAGAACAAGCAGCUCCUGAACCGGUGGAAGAUGCAGGAGAUGUUGAUGACUUGCUUGACAUGAUGUAAGAAAGGAAGCAAGAAGAGUGUUGGCAGAAAUCUAAGCAAUCUGAUCCAUGAACCCACCCAGAGGAAAUCGGUUAACCCGUACUUUGUCCUGCUUCCACCACUGGAAAUCCCCAUUAGAGGUUGCAUUUUAAUCAGUUGUAGACCACUUUAUAUAAACUUUUAAUGGAACAUGAGAAAUGUUCAGACCAAAACCCCGCUGUUCAAUUUCAAAUGUAAAAUUUCUGUAAUUGUACGAAUUAUUGUCCAUUGCACUGGAAAUUGUAUCAUCCACUGUUUUACAGGUUUAUUAAGUCACAUCAGUAAUUGAGAAUAUGCGUGUAGUUUUUCUUGUGAUUAAAAUCUAUUAAAACAAAAGCUGAGUGAGAACAAACCCAAACUGUAGAAUGCACUAUAAUUGUAAUAAACAAGUUUUUUUGCCAAAA